AUUUUCGAUUCAGUCGUGUAACCCCAACACCCGACCUUGCACGAGGAAUCGAAAUGCCUGCCACCGAGUACAUCGUCGACGAACCAGCCACCUACAGCGACGCUGUUGCCUCCAGCUCCGACGAAGAGCUGGGCAGCUACGUCCAAAACGUCGGCGUUCACGCCAAGAAGCCCCAGUUCGCGCCCAAGAAGACAGCCAGCUUCGAGAGCACGCCCAACAAGCGGGAGCACGAGGAGUUCUUCCGCGCUGCGGUGGAACUGCUGCUGAAGCACGCUGUGUUCGAGGGCACGGACAGAAAGAACAGCGUCCUCAGGUACGAGAACCCAGAGGAGCUGCAGCAGCUCUUCAACUUCAGCGUGGGAUCUGCGCCCAGCACGCACGAUGACCUGCUGGACCUCCUCAAAGACACCAUCAAGUACUCCGUGAAGACCGGCCAUCCUUACUUCGUCAAUCAGCUCUUCUCGGCCAUAGAUCCCUAUGGAUUGGUGGGGCAAUGGUUAACUGACGCUUUGAAUCCCAGCGUUUAUACUUACGAGGUGUCCCCCGUGUUUAGCCUCAUGGAGGAGGUUGUGCUGAGGGAGAUGAGGAGCAUCGUGGGGUAUGAGGGUGGCCAGGGGGAUGGUAUUUUUUGUCCCGGUGGCAGCAUGGCGAAUGGAUAUGCCAUCAAUUGCGCCAGGCAUAGGCUGAUGCCUGAUAUCAAGACCAAGGGCCUUCACGCUCUACCGCGCUUAGUCCUCUUCACCUCCGAGGAGUCCCACUACUCCGUGAUGAAGCUCUCCUCCUUCAUGGGCCUCGGUUCGGACAACGUCUACCCUAUAAGCACAGACAGCCGCGGCAAGAUAAUCAUUUCGCACCUAAGGGAGCAAGUGGAGAGGGCUCUAAGUGAGGGCGCCACCCCCUUCCUGGUGGUGGCCACCUGCGGCACCACUGUCAUGGGGGCGUUCGACCCUCUGGAGGAAAUAGCUGACGUGUGCGAGCAGUAUCAGAUGUGGAUGCACGUGGAUGCUGCUUGGGGAGGUGGUGCACUUAUGUCCAAGAAGCACCGAGGACUGCUCAAGGGUAUCGAGAGAUCAGAUUCUGUGACAUGGAAUCCUCACAAGAUGCUGACUGCACCACAACAAUGUUCCACCCUAUUACUGAGGCAUGAAGGCAUUUUGGCAAGUUCUAACUCGACCAACGCAGCAUACCUAUUCCAAAAAGACAAAUUCUAUGAUACGAAAUACGACACAGGAGACAAGCACAUCCAGUGUGGUAGAAGAGCAGACGUCUUGAAAUUCUGGUUCAUGUGGAAGGCCAAGGGCUCUUCCGGGUUCGAGAAGCACGUAGACAAAGUGUUCGACAAUGCCAAACACUUCUUGGACAACGUGAAGGGCCGACCCGGAUUCGAACUGGUGCUGGACGAACCGGAGCUGACGAACAUCUGCUUCUGGUACAUCCCUCCAAGCUUGCGAGAUGCAGACAGGAACGAUCCAGAGUUCAAGAAGAAGCUGCACAAAGUCGCUCCGAAGAUGAAGGAGAAGAUGAUGAAAGAGGGAUGCAUGAUGGUGACGUAUCAGGCUCAAAAAGAGCACCCCAACUUCUUCAGGAUAGUGUUCCAGAGUUCUGGAUUGGAAAAGGCGGAUAUGAUCCAUUUCAUCGAGGAAUUCGAGAGGUUGGGCAAAGACCUUUGAAGAAGCCACCGCAUGAGGGUCAUUGAAUGUGAACUGAUGAGGUUAUAUCAUUGUUAUUUAUGAGUAGGUAGGUAUUUAAUGAGAUUCCAGAUUUUACUUGUAUUUUACUGAUGGUAUUAUUCAAACUAUAAUUCUAUAUUCAAAAUUAUCGAUGAGAUUUCGGAAUUGAAAAACUCGAGAUUGAAUAGGUACACUUGUUAUUUUGUUUAUUUUAUUUAUUUGCAGAGAUUGUGCUUUUCGAAAUGAAAUAUAUUUUGUGAGAGGUAGUCAGUCACUCAUAUGAGGAGGCAAUUUCGAAAAGCAGAAUAGUGAUAUCGUAUGAUAUAGAUAGUAUAUAGAGCAACUUUAUAAUAUCAGUUAUUAUUAUUUAUAGUUAUUAAAUAAAAAAUGCAUUGCACGUU